AUGGCUAAAAGGACAAAAACCAAAAGCAAGCUGUCUAUUUUAGAACAAGAUAAAACAGGAUAUGAAAGAUAUUUCGAAGAUCAUCAUAUGAAAACGCGUACAUCCAACAACACCCUUACUGGAGUUGGUGUGUUAGAUAAAGCCGAAUGUAUAAAUAUAUUGACAAAGAUCCCUGUUAAACACAAGACUGAAAUUGAAAUGCUCUCAAACCUUUAUAAAUGCCAAUUUUUACAAUGGUAUAUUGAAUUAAAGUCCGGUUUUAAUCUUUUGUUCUAUGGAUAUGGAUCAAAAAAGCAAUUACUUGAAGAGUUUUCGGAUGCCUACCUUAAAGAUCGACCACUUCUUGUAAUUAAUGGCUUUCUUUCGAAAUUAAAGAUUAAGGAAAUCUUUAUACAAGUAAUUAGUGGUAUUAAUAUGGGUGUGAAACCAAAAUCACGUGAAACGUUGGAAGAGCUGACGGAAAUAAUUAAAGAAUAUUUUUCCGAUCCUGACCGAAGUGUUCAAUGUUUAUAUAUUAUGAUACAUAAUAUCGAUGGUCAAGGUCUCCGUACGUUGCAAAUACAAAAUUGCCUUAGCAUACUUGCAUCUUGUCCCAAUAUUUAUUUUAUUGCAUCCACGGAUCAUAUCAACGCGACCUUGCUUUUUGAUCAAGAUCGAGCAACCAAGUUCAAUUGGAUUUGGCAUGAUGUCACCACAUUCAAUCAUUAUGAAGUAGAACCAACCUUCGAGGAUAGUCCAAAGGUGAAAAGACGUAAACAACAAGAGUUAAAUAUAAAAGUUGUCCAAAGUGUAUUAUCUACUUGGAAUGCGAACAGGCGUCGAAUGUUUGAAAUCCUAGCGAAACAUCAAAUUCAAGCUAAUUUACUUCAACAACAGAGGAAAUCUCGACAAGGAAAAGGUGGUGCAUUGAAGUCUGAAGAUAUCGGUAUGGAACAUGAUGCAUUUUAUAAAGCGUGUAGAACAGAUUUCUGUAUUCGCACAGAUGGGGAUUUCAACAAGUUUUUGUCAGACUUCCGCAAUCAUGAAAUCAUUCAAAGCCUUCAAUCAAAAAAUGGAAAGAAUAUAUAUUUUAUUCCUAUGGAAGCUGAAGAUCUGAAAAAAGUGUUGGAACAGUGUUGA